AUGUUUGGAAUAUUUGCCGACUUGUUGUCCUCCGUGAUCACCAUCCUCUUCCCCAUCUUCGCUUCCUACAAGGCCCUGCGCUCUUCCGACCCCUCCCAACUGGCUCCAUGGCUGAUGUACUGGGUGGUACUCUCCAUCAUCUUACUGGUGGAAUCCUGGACUGUUUUUAUUAUCGGAUGGUUUCCCUUCUAUAGCUGGAUCCGCCUCUUUUUCAUGGCCUACCUUGUCCUCCCACAGACCCAGGGUGCCCGUUUGCUCUAUCAAGACUACGUCGAUCCGUUUUUGACUCACCAUGAGCGGGAGAUUGAGGAGCUGAUCGGCCGUAGCCACGAGCAGGCCAAAGCUCUAGGAUUGCAAUACUUCUACAAAGCCAUCGAUCUGAUCCGAGAGAAAAUUCUCGGUCUUCCCCCACAACGGACGGCCCCGCCACCACCUCCCUCUGGCCCGGCGGCGUAUGCACAGUCUCUGCUCUCGCGAUUCAAUAUCCCCACGGCGAUCCCCAUCGCUGGAGCCUCCGGGACGACAGGCAGCCCUGCCGCCUCCAACGAUUGGUACUCUGCGCUGGCAUCCGUCCUGGGGUCUGUGGCCUCGAUGGGCAAGCCUCGCGAGGUGCGGGAGGAGCAGAUGUCCGCCAGUGGCACCCUGUUGCAACAGCAGCUUCAAACCAUGUCCGGCGCGGAGAAGGCACAGUAUAUCACACACCAGCGCGAGGUCUUGGAUUUCCUCCGCUCUACGUUAGCUCGUGAGGAGCAGGCGAUGGGCCGCGACGAUCCUGAGACGGACGACCUGGCCUAUGGGGCGCCGCUGCGCAAGGACCCCAGUGACACCUCGUUCGAUGUCGUCGACGAUGAAGAUCUGGGCAACCGCAGCGGGACGCGACGGACCAGCAGUCGAUGGGCCUCGGGCUGGCUUGGGAAUGACCAGGACUCGUCUGGCUCGUCUAAUCCCGACCACGCACGCACCAGCGGAUAUGAUCGGUACUAA